UCUGUGUCUCUGUCCUGACUCAGUCUCUGGAUGUGUCUGCUUGGUUUCCCACACUAUUAAAAGCAGCUCGGUCAUGUCAGCGUGCUGGUUAUCGUGGGAACGUUCUCUCCGGGUCUUCGUGUCUGUGGAUUAGGACUCGCCGGGUGUUCGAUCGUUUUCUGGGCUUUUAUUUGCGGCUUCUCUCGGGGUGUGUGCGGCGGGCGCGGCGGACUGACCGCAAAGAGUUUCAUUAGGGUUUGACCCUCCUGUCUACGGGAGGGCUAUUUUUUUUUCUUUUCUUGUCCCAGCACAGGACAAAGGACGCGGGGAAAUUAAGGACUAAACGGGGACAGCAGAGUGGGAGACUGGUGAACAUGGAGCCCGGUUUCCUUACACUCGCCUUUGGUCUUGUGUUCAUCGGUGGAUGCUCGGCCCGCGUGGUGACGGUGUCUCCCGGUCCGUUAAUCAGGGUGGAAGGUCAGCCAGUCUCCAUCAGGUGUGACGUCAACGACUAUGGAGGACCGAGUGAGCAGGAUUUCGAUUGGGAGAUGUCCAGGGACGAAACCGGGCCAAAGAGCCGAAUCAUCUCCACCUUCGAAUCCGACUUCUCUGACCCUUUGUUCAGCAGGCGGGUCGCGUCCGGUGACAUCUCGGUGGUGCGUCUCCAAGACAACGAGGCGGAGCUAAAGAUCGCCGAGGUGAAGCUGACGGACGCCGGUUUCUACCUCUGCCGAACGCCGAGUACCGACCCGACCACCAGCGGCAACUACUACGCUCAGGUCCAGCUCAGGGUUAUCCCCAACACCCUCAAGGUGUCCCCCCAGGUUCCAUCCCCGGUCGUCCAGGAGGGACACGACCUCACGCUUUCCUGCAGCGUCACUCGAGAACUGGCCUUCCCUUCCCUCACCUACCUGUCCGUCGCCUGGUUGGUGAAAACCGGCGGCGGCUCUGAGGAAAUCCUCACGUUCGGCCCCCAGAGAGACGUCGUCACGGGUCAGAGGUUCGCUCGCCGCUACCUUGACGGGGACCUCCGGCUGGUUCCCGGCAGGAACGGCACGUUCGAGCUGGUGAUUUCCAGGGUCACCGCGUCUGACGAAGGGACGUACGUGUGCACGGGCUCUGAGUGGACGCGUGAGAGCGGAGGGAAGUGGACGAAGAUUGUGGAAAGCUCCAAGGAGAUGGGAGCCGUUUCCGUCACUCCUACAAAUCGUUCCCUCAACGUGAAAGCUUCAUCUUCGCCUUCCUCACAAUCCUCCUCAUCACUUCUGCUGUCUCCUGGCAACACGCUGACCCUCCUCUGCCGCGUCUCCGCCGACAACCUGCGCGCCCUCUCCCUGGAGGUGACCUGGCUGGCCGACGAUCGCGAAAUCAUCACCGUGAACCGCAGCGGGGUGGUGAGCACCAACGCGGCCUCGAAACGAGGCGAGGCGAGCCUGGAGAAGACCGGAGACGGCGACUACAGGUUGGCGGUCAGGGAUGUGAGCGGCAGAGACGGCGGGAUCUAUACCUGCCGGGUUCAAGCCUUCAUCGAGGAAGGGCGCAUCACUGGAGGAGGAGCAGGGCGGGGCCACAAGGUGGCGGAGAAGACCUCCAACCCCGUCACUGUGAAGGUCACCGAAAUCAAGCCGAACUUCACGCUCACCCUGGAAGCCACCAUGAAGCCCCAGAAGACAGGCGAACCCAUAGAGCUGUCCUGUGACGUGACCAACAUCUUCCAGCUACCACCAGGGGGCAGACUGGGUGUCAGAUGGGAGCACAUUGGUCUUCUUGAUAAGGGGACAAACGCUCCGCCCCCGAAGCUCAUUGGCUCCUUGGACGCCCACGGAAACCUGGAGUCGAAUUCGGCGUACAAAGACAGGCUGGACAGCGGAGUGUUGGGUCUGAGCAGAGCACGACCCAACAAGUUCAAACUGCGGUUUCUCCACACUCAGAAGAUCGACAUGGGCCACUAUGUGUGCGCCGUCUCUGCCUGGAGCGUUAGCAGCCAGGGGGAGGUAGUGCAGGUCGCCGAGUACAAAAGCUCGCCGCUGACCGUACAGUGGGACACCAAGAGCCCCACUCUCAACGUAGCGGCCAAAACCAUCCGUCACGCCUCUGUGGGCGGGGCCACCUUUGAGAUGAGCUGCUCCGCCGUCACCAAGAACAUCGGGGACUGGAUCGGCUUCGCCGUGUACAUCCAAUCACAGGGCGGCAUAGAAGGCAGCGUCAAAACCAUCAUGUCCCUCAGCCCCGACAACGUGGUGCAGAUCACUGACUUAUCUAGGAGCGACAAUCUGGUUCUUUCCAAAACCGGCUCGGGAGAGUUCCACUUCCGCCUGGAGGGCGUCCAGGUGUCCGACAAAGGUUACUACUGGUGCAACGUCACGGCUUUCACCAAGCAGCAGCCCGAUCAGUCCUGGACCACCGUCGCCACGUCCGAGUCCAACAAAGUCAGCAUCAACUUUCAGGAAAACGGGCCGUCAUUCUCCGUCAAAAUCCACUCCGACGCCAGCAGCGUGUAUCCGUGGGAAACGGCCAAGAUGGAGUGCUCCGUCGGCGUCUCCGGAUCCUCGCCCAAAAGUGCCAACUCUCAGACAGAGGAGCUGGCGUACGAGGUGAGGUGGUUUUUCACCCGGCUGCGCGGCGGGCCGACCACCAGUCCAGUGGUCAGCGUGGACCGCUUCGGCGUCGCCACCAAGUCCAUCCGCAACUCGUCCAGCGACGUCUCCAUAGAGCGCAAGGACCCCAGCACCUACGUGCUCAACAUUUUCGGCACUCAGGACAGUGACAGUGGUGAGUACCACUGCAUGGUGACUCCUUGGUACAAGUCGGCCUCAUCGGGACUUUGGACUCAGGAUAGAGAUUAUACCUCUGGCAAAGUCUUCCUCUCCGUCAAAUUUGCAGUAUGGGACUCCUUAAAGCUACCUCUCCUAUACGGUGCAUCAGCCUCUCUGGGUGUGGGCGUCUUCUCUCUGCUUCUGGGUCUGAUUUGCGCCCGGUGCUGCUGCCGCAACACGGCGCACACCCCCCGCUCGCGCAGCAAGCUGAUGGACCUCGAGAUGGACUGACAAACACUUUCCCCUGCGCCCGCCCACUGCAGCGCCCACAAGAAGCACCACGCGUCAAACAGACACACUCCCGUCGACGACUUCUGGGACACCCACCUGUUUGCCGCCGACGGACGCUGGGAGUGAGUCUGUCGUUUCGGGAGCCUGACCGACCAAUCACAGUGCUUAUUUUUUUGAAAUAAAAUUAAAUCUAAUAAAGGUGCUUUUUGGGGGGAAGACUUCUCGACUCUGCAGUGGAGGCGCAGGGGAUUUUCACGCUCGCUCCAUGGAGAAAUAGCCUUUCAGACUUCUGUUUCGAUUUUGGGUACGUUUUGCUUUCCCAAUAGGAUUUCUAUCCAUUUUUGAGAAACUCUGAGGAAGCCGGAGCUUCUGAGAUGUCACUGCCCACUGGGACUAGAGGACCUCUACACAGAAAUGCUGCCUCUAACCACUAGGAAUAACAAAUAAAGAAGCGCUCAGGCUGGAUUACUUUUCUUUUUCCAGAUGCCAAGGCUCAUCGCAAAGUACAACCUGUUUUUUUGUUUUGUUUUUGAAUCGCAGAUGAACCAUGAAAAAGUCCGAGGCUGGAUUAAUGGAACCUGGAUUCGUUGGAUUUCUUUCGUUUUGAAGCCUGAGCCUUCCUUCUGCCAUAGAGGAGUUUGUGGAGUAAACAUGAAAAUAGAAAAAAUUUAAAAAGUGCUUCAUGUUUCCAAAUGAGAGGCGUUGCACUACCAUCCCAGAGUGAUCCUAUUUUAACAAAAAAGGAAAACAACUAACUUUAUUGUCAGGACUCUCUCUUUUUUUUUCUUUAAAUUGAGAGAUUUUAAAGAGACAUUUCUAAGCUUUACAAAAAGAUAUGCAGUCGGUGUGUUUGUGUGUGAGAUAUACUGUACACGGUGCCAAUAUUUGUGGAGUGUGCUUAGCUCAGAUUGCCGGACCGACACUUGAACAGUCGCUCCCAGCAGCGGCGGAAACACUCCUCUUUUCUAAGUAUUCAGAAAUGUACCCAGAUGUUAUUUUUGCCUGAGUCUCGUGUGUGUUUUGUACAGUGUGUGUGAGUGCUGUGCGACAAAGGGUUGCAUGUACUGUUUAAGAACAUUAUGAUGUUUGUCAUGAGCAACAUCAAUCUUUCUCCUUGCCCACUGGAAAGCCUGCAGCUCUCAAAUGUUAAAAACCAGCUGCUGAAAAUGCUGGCCGGCGUCAGCACAUGAUGCUAAUUCAGGAUGACACAAGACACUCGAUUGCUUUUUUUUUUUCAUUGUUAUUAUUAUUUGCAUUCAUCAUAGUUUAUAAUUUUGCAUGUCCAUGAGUCUCAUGUUUUAAUUUUUCAAAAUUGUUUUUUGUUUAAUGUGCUUAGCUUGGAUUUGUUAGCAUGAAGACGAAAAGCAGGGAGACGGCUAAAUUAGCUUGCUAACAUAAAUCACCUAUUUUUGUUCAGUGACUAUUAAACAUCUUCUUAGCCACUAUUUGAACCCAGUUUUUAUCAUUUUUUGUAACAUUUAUAAAACUGUGAAAGUUUUGCUUUCCAAAACUAUAACGUUUUUUACCUCAAUUAGUAGUUAGCUUAACAAAAUUAUGCUAUGCUAUAUCCUGCUUUAACCCGUUUAAUCCCACCGGCAACAAUCGCUGCUGUUAGCAUAAUGCAUAGAUAGCACUAUGCUACGUGUCUAUAGCUUUCCUGUUUGUUCUAUACAUCUUGCCGUUUCCACAGCUUCAAACUGUCAGAUAUUUUAGACCUUCUAGGCCUGAAGGAACCUCAAAAUUAUGUUUUCUACAUCACUGUCAUUCCCUCAGUUGAAGCCCUUCUACUUCAUCCCCCCAAAAGCCGACUGUUUCCUUAAAAUGUGGCUUAUGCACUGAAUGACCACCACAAGAUGACGCCACACCUGAAACUACUUCAGGACAAGGCAACGGUCUUGUGCUUGGUCUGGUGGACAUGCAGAUUUGUUCAUACUAACAUUUUCACCUAAUUUUGCCUCAGUGAUGAAAUGACCAAGUGAGGUCAAAGGUCACUUGGCACAUUGAGACAAUGACAUCUGCAGGACGUGCCAUUGAGUUGUGAUGCAUCUAAAAUAUUUCUCAACACUCUUGUAGCCGUUCUUUCUUACAAUUGCUUAUGCAUGUCAUGAUUUUUUCUCAUUUCUUUACAUGUAUAUGUUGGUGUAAAACCUAGAUUUUCACUAACAUAACCAACAUAAAAUAUAAUAAUUCAUAAAUAUCACGUGUGGUGGAGGUCCACGGAUUGAAAUGCACGCACUUAUUUUGCAGGAGAAAGAAAAAUUGGGAUUAAACGGGUUAAUCUGGCCAAAAACAUGCAUAUAUUCAGUUUUGUUCAAUUCUUUACUGAUGGCUGUUAGUUGAAAUGCUAAGCGGAAAACAUUUGGAUACUGUAACCUCUAAUAUUUCCUUCAAUUAUUCAAUAUGUUUAGCAUUUUCUCAUGGUUCGCUCUAUACCAAGCAUAAACUUUAAAGGCUAGUUGAGUUAGUUUGGAGAUCUCCUCUGCUCUGAAUGCUUCAUUUUGAGAGAGAAGAGCAGAGCAGCGGCAAAAAUGUUGGUUGAAUCAGUUUAUACGACAAAACCUGAUGAGUCUGUUUUCAGUUUGUUUUUGUUUUUUUCCCAUUAGCAGUCGAAUGAACUUGUGGUGACUGGCGCGUCAUGUUGUCUGCUGUGUGAACACACUCUCGCAGCUCCACCAACAACAUAAAGUGACAGAGUUUCAGUCCAGACCCACCAGGAGGCAACCAGCCUCUUCCUGAACUGCUAGUGUACAGAGAUGUUUUUAAAGUGAAUUUUAAUCAGAUAUUUAAGAGCAAUAAUCAGGUUACGGCUCAGAGAACGAUGCACUCUCAGUCAGAGCUUCAACACUCCAAGAUGAGGAGAUGAUUAAUUUAUUUACCUGUUGUCCAUUACAUUAAGAACUUUUAUUUUUUUGUUUUUGUUCUUCUGAGACGGCAAGUCCAGAAAUAUUAUUCCAACCACAACCCUGUAAGGAUAUUCUGCCAAACGUCGUUCGUAAGGCCGAAUUUGACCCGGAUCCAAAAGCCGGGAGCAGAACGUUGAAAAACCAAACGCAUCCUGGAUAGUCGGUUCCCAACGUGUCCUCCGCUCGGGACUGAGAGCUGGACGAACGCUGGACACUGUUGAUGUUUUGGCCUGAUUGAUGGUGACUUUUCUUUCCGGUAAGGUGUGUGCACUUCUUUCUGCUCUGGGUUUUUCAGGAUCAGUUUUGCCUCCUCAGCAAGUGGCUGUAUCAAAACAAUACUACUACUACUAAUAAUAAUAAUGCUUUGUGCCAAAUGUUCCCAACUUUACAUUGAUGCACACCACUGAACUUGUCCCAGGAAGGCUUCCAUAUUGUCUUUUUUUGUUUGUUUUUAUAGCAGUUAAUAUAAUAAAUCAUGAUUUUUUUUUUUAAUAAAUAGAUUUGUGAUAUGGACUCUU